AUGGAGUACGAGAGGAUAGAGAAAGUGCAGAAGAGCAUAAUCUCGCCGACUAAACUGCGAAUGAAGCUAAUGGGUUCACACAAUAACAAGAAGAAAGAAGGAUCCAACAAUAACUCUUCAAGAACAUCUCCUUCUCGUCUUCAAGUUUCAGAUGACACUGAGUUCUUCAAGAACAGCUUGUUAGCUUCUAAAUCUGAUUCAUACGACGAUGAUAAUGUAGCGGUUACAGUUACGGAUGUAGGAGAAGCUAAAGUGCCAAAUGAGCCGGUUUUGGACCUAACCGAGAGCGAUAAUCAAGCCUCGAUGAGUCAUCGGUGUGAGGGUGUUUCGAGGGAAACCGAUGAACCGAAACCUCAACAGUUCAGAAAAGAGAACAACUUGAGUAUGGCUCCUCCUCCUCCUCACCUAACGAGACCUCAAGAAGAUGAAAAUCUUGAUUAUGACAGUAAUGCUAGCUCUUCGAGCUUUGAGUUUCACCGUGGUCGUGGUGAGCGUUCGAAUCAGAAUCAUGUCUCGAGAGCAUACCCUUCAAGACAAAUUCCAUCAAAAUGGAAUGAUGCUGAGAAGUGGAUAAUGAGCAGACAGAACAUGGUGAUGAGGAAGAACGGUCAAGGGAACCGUAUGCCCGUGAGAGUUGUCCCGGAUAAUGUAGGUUACGAGCAUAACAAAUCUAGGAUGGAUCCAGACCAAUCCUCACAAAUUGAUGUGUUUGAGAAGUUCCCUAACUUCGUUCCCUCGGCGCCACAACCAAUUCUAACUCAAGGAUAUGGAGGAAACUCGUUGAUCGAUCAAUCCACACAAAGCAAUGAUCUUGUGGAUACAACAAAGGCUUCAUCACAUAAUGACACAAGAGCUGGUCCUGCGAUUCGUUCUGUAUGUAUGAGAGAUAUGGGAACUGAUAUGACGCCUAUACCGAGUCAAGAACCUUCAAGAUCAGUUACACCAGUUGAUGCAACAACUCCUCUUCGAAGCCCGACUUCAUCUCUGCCAUCUACUCCUAGAGGAGGCCAAAAGGAGGAAUCUUCAUUGUCGCAAGACCCGUCGAAAAACACAAGAAGUGAACAGCUAUCUGAAGAAGAAAUAAAAGCGAAGACGAGAAGAGAGAUAGUAGCUCUUGGAGUUCAAUUAGGGAAGAUGAACAUUGCGGCUUGGGCAAGCAAAGAAGAAGAGAACGAUAACAACAAUGGAGAUACAGAGGAGACACUGAGGAUUGAGUUUGAUAAACGAGCGACUGCGUGGGAAGAAGCAGAGAAAUCCAAACAUAACGCAAGGUAUAAGCGUGAGGAGAUCAGAAUCCAAGCCUGGGAAAGUCAUGAGAAAGCUAAACUCGAAGCAGAAAUGCGGCGCAUCGAGGCCAAAGUUGAGCAGAUGAAAGCUGAAGCUGAAGCAAAGAUAGUGAAGAAAAUCGCGAUGGCUAAGCAAAGGUCUGAAGAGAAACGGGCUUUAGCGGAAGCUAGAAAAGCCCGUGAUGCCGAGAAGGCAGUGUCUGAAGCCGAAUAUAUCCGGGAAACCGGUCGAAUACCGAAUUCGGGUUACAAGAUAUGUUGUGGCUGGUACUCAUGA